AUGAGUGUUUUCCAGUGUCUGGAGUCUGAGCGCUCCUGCCCCACGGGCCUAGUGUCUCGACGCCAAACGGGACGAAUUCAUAUUAUAAAUUUUCUGGCUUUUUUAUUUUAUUUUAUAACAAAGUCUCUCACACAGGCAAGUGGACAAGGCUACUUCAAGAGUCCAUACCGCUGGCUGAUCCUCGACACUGAAGCCGGCGCGUACAAGUUCGAAUUGUUCAACAAGCUGGACUUGCCGCUCAAUAGCAACGUGGUCAUUGCCAAGAGAAUCAGCCCAGACCAGUUCCAUUUUAUUGAAGCAUACAAAAUAGCGGAAGGCUCAGAAGUUAUUUAUACAACAAGAGGCGCUUGGCGCGCCGCCAGUUCGGAAACUAAAAAAAAAUCUAACUCUUAUAAUUCUCUAAUAGAAAGUAAUGCGAAUUAUACGAGUGGAACUGCCGGUGAAAAUAGACAUGUGAAGGCGUCCUCGGAGUUGACAUAUUUAAACCAUAAAUUUUUCCAGUCAACAAAGUAUGGCACGGUGGAGGACUACCGGGAAGUCAAGAUAAUGUCUCUGCGAAGGAUGGACCUGCGCCUGCAGCCCCUUACCAUGGUCAUGGUCAUCACUGACAGCAACGAGACUCUCCAGCAUUUGGACGACAGGCUAAACCUCAACCAAGACUCCAUCUCCAAGAUGUCAUACAACGUGGUGAAGGUAUGCUUCGAUUGGUUGAACGCGAGCGAGCGGCGCCUGUUCACCCACACCUGGGGAUAUAAGGACAAGGACGGCAACUGGCAGGGGAUGAUCGACCACAUGCUCAAGAAGGAAGGGGAUCUUGGUACGAUAGCCCUGUUCACGGAGGAUCGCAUGAAAGCAGUGGACUACAUCUCCAUGAUUGGCUCGACGGCGGUGCGCUUUGUCUUCCGCGAGCCGCCUCUAGCACUGAUGGAGAACAUCUUCGCGCUGCCCUUCACUGCUGCCGUGUGGCUGGCCGUGCUGCUGUGCGUGCUGGCCUGCGCAGCCUUUCUCUUCAUCACCUCCAAGUGGGAGGCCAGCGUCAGCAUGCAUCCGCUGCAGCUGAACGGCACUUGGGCUGAUGUGCUGAUCCUCAUCAUUGGUGCCGUGCUGCAGCAGGGGUGCAACUUGGAGCCGAGAUAUGCUGCAGGUAGAUGCGUUACCCUGCUGCUGUUCGUAGCGCUGACGAUCCUCUACGCUGCCUAUUCUGCCAAUAUAGUGGUGCUGCUCCGCGCCCCCAGCUCAUCGGUGAAGACUCUGCCAGAUCUCCUGAACUCUCCCAUCAAACUUGGUGCGAGCGAUUUUGAAUACAAUCGUUACUUCUUUAAUAAAGUGAACGAUCCAAUAAGAAAAGAAAUCUACAACAAGAAAAUUGCACCGAAAGGGAAAAAACCUAACUUCUACAGUAUGAAAGAGGGCAUUGAGAAAGUAAGGAAGGGUCUCUUCGCUUUCCACAUGGAGCUGAACCCUGGCUACCGGCUGAUUCAGGAGACGUUCCUCGAGGAAGAGAAAUGUGACCUGGUGGAGAUGGAGUAUCUUAAUGAAAUAGCGCCCUGGCUGCCGGGGCAAAAGCGUUCGCCUUACAAGGAUUUGUUCAAAAUUGGUUUCACCAAAAUCCGCGAGACGGGCAUCCAAGCCAACAUCUACCAGCGCCUGCAGGUCAGCAAGCCGCGCUGCUCGGGCAGCACCUCCACCUUCAGCAGCGUCGGCAUCACCGACAUGUGGCCAGCCGUCAUCGCCACUCUGUAUGGCAUGCUCGCCUCCAUUGGAGUCCUUAUACUUGAGCUCAUGUAUAAGAAAGCGAUGACGCUGAGGGAUUCAAGAAAAGAAUUGAAACGUCAGCAAUAUUAGAACAAAAUCUCUAGAAGCAUAUUAGAAAAUUAGAUACAGCGUAGGCGACUUAAGCAUUAUAUUAUAACCUAAUAGCACUAAUUGUACGUAUUAGAAUGAAAGCUUUUUAGCAAAUAAAUGUAGCAGAA